GCCGGGGCCGCCGCCGGGGCCGCGGGCAGAAAGGGGCCGUCAGAACCAUGGAGAGCGGCGCCGCGGGGCGCCUCGACGCCGCCGCCUUCCUGGGCGCCUGGCGGCGCUUCGACGCCGACGACAAUGGUUACAUAGAAGGGAAGGAGCUUGACAACUUUUUUCAUCAUCUCCUGGAGAAACUGGGACCAGAAGACACUGUCACUGAAGAAAAAGUUCAGAGGAUGAAGGAGCAAUUCAUGUCUGCCUAUGAUGUCACCACAGAUGGACGCUUGCAAAUCCAAGAGCUUGCAAAUACGGUCUUACCAGACGAUGAGAACUUUCUGCUGCUUUUCCGACGAGAAACUCCUUUGGACAACAGUGUGGAAUUCAUGCGGAUCUGGCGCAGUUACGAUGCUGAUAGCAGUGGAUUUAUUUCAGCUGGAGAGCUCAAAGAUUUCCUGCGAGAUCUCUUUUUGCAACAUAACAAGAUGGUUGCUGAAGUAAAGCUGGAAGAAUACACCGACACCAUGAUGAAAAUCUUUGACAAAAACAAAGACGGACGUCUGGACCUGAAUGAUCUGGCAAGGAUUCUGUCACUCCAGGAAAAUUUCCUUCUUCAAUUUAAAAUGGAUGCUUGCAGCACUGAAGAGAGGAGGAGAGAUUUUGAAAAGAUCUUUGCGCACUAUGACGUUAGUAAAACAGGAGCACUUGAAGGCCCAGAAGUGGAUGGGUUUGUCAAAGACAUGAUGGAAUUAGUCAAGCCCAGCAUUAGCGGGGUGGACCUGGACAAGUUCCGCCAGAUCCUGCUCAACCAUUGCGAUGUGAACAAGGAUGGGAAAAUACAGAAAUCCGAAUUGGCUUUGUGUCUUGGGCUUAAAAUAAACCCGUAGUUGGGAGAGUGCUCGUGGCGCAUUUCCCUUGCGAGAUUUGCCUGCUGCUGCCUGUAGAAGUGAGUCCAUGCUGCCAUGUGAGUUGUGGGAAGAAGAGGCACUGUGCCAUUGGCCUGGAGAGCGGCUGCACAAAGAUGCAUCUGCGUGGGACCUGCAUAGAGGGCCUCCCUGCUCUGCCACUCCCUUUGUGGUGUUUGCUCACUGCUCCUGCUUGUGGGUCCCCUUAAUGAUGUCUCUGCCCAUGAGCACACUAGCAGCUCAGAAAAGUUGUUGCUAUUCUUCUCUUGCCCCCGUGAAAUGCUGCCCUGCCUGUCCCCUACCAUAGGGACAAGCAUCUCCUUAAAAAUGUCCUGUCAGUGCUUUCAGAGUGCAGUUAUUAGGUGUUUCUGAUGGUCAUAUUAUGUGUGAAGUCAUUACUUUGGUGAGUGUUGUGCUUUCUUUGUGCAUUUAAAACAUUGGAUGGACGACAAUGGAUUUGUGCAGAAAUAAAAA